CUUGAUCAGAAAAAAGUUAGGAUUGAGUCUGUGAUGUCGAAUUCUCAUGACAUACCCGAGAAGAUCAUUAUUGAUACUGAUCCUGGCAUUGGUGGGAUGUGCGUGUUUUGAUUGUACACAUGUUGAUUCUUAACAAGCUGGGAUUGGUUUGCAGAUGAUAGCAUGGCUAUCUUGAUGGCAUUUCAAUCAUCAGAGGUGGAGGUCUUAGGUUUGACUACUGUAUUUGGUAAUGUAAGUACUGAAGGCGCUACCCGCAAUGCAUUGCUUCUGUGUGAGAUCGCAGGGCGUCCUGGAAUCCCUGUGGCAGAAGGCAGCUCUGAACCUCUAAAGGGAGGAAAGCCAUGUGUUGCUGACUUUGCUCAUGGCUCUGAUGGGUUGGGGAAUGUAUUUCUUCCACCCCCAAAAGAAAAGAAAAUUGAGAAGAGUGCUUCUGAAUUUUUAAUUGAUAAGGUCUCUGAAUACCCUGGUGAGGUAUCCAUACUUGCACUGGGACCACUGACAAAUAUAGCUUUGGCGAUUAAAAAGGAUUCAUCUUUUGCAAGCAAGGUCAAGAGACUCGUCGUACUUGGUGGUGCUUUCUUUGCAUUGGGAAAUGUCAAUCCUGCUGCUGAAGCAAAUAUCUAUGGGGAUCCAGAAGCAGCUGAUAUUGUGUUUACCUCUGGGGCAAAUAUUGUUGUUGUUGGCAUAAAUAUUACUACCCAAGUCAAAUUAACAGAUGAAGACCUCUCUGAAUUGAGGGAUUCCAAAGUGAGACAUGCUCAGUUCUUAGGUGAAUUAUGCAAAUUUUACAGAGAUUGGCAUGUGAAAUCUGAUGGUGUUUAUGGCAUUUUCCCCCAUGAUCCUGUGAGUUUUGUGGCAGUCGCUCGUCCUCAUCUUUUUACUUACAAGAAGGGGGUUGUGAGGGUUGAAACACAGGGUAUAUGUGUUGGACAGACACUGAUGGACCAAGGACUUAAAAAAUGGAACUCGAGCAACCCUUGGUCAGGCUAUGCCCCUGUUUCAGUUGCAUGGACAGUUGAUGUGGAGGGAGUUGUUCUGUAUAUAAAGGAAUUGCUCAUGAAGCCUUGAAAGCUAUACAGUGCACAUGAGACCACAGGAAGUCAAGGUUGCAUUUUCGACCAUGUGCCAUUUCAACAAUCCAUUUCAUCAUAAAUCUUGGAUGGGGUGUUUCAUGAAUUGGGAUCACAUCCCUCAAUUCAUGAAAGAAUGAUUUAUUCUAAGUAUCAUGGUGUAUCCAUGCCCCCCAAUUCAUGGUGGAAGAAUGAUUUUAUUUUAGGUGUAAAGGUGCACUUUUUUUGUUUUAUCUAGUGAAGAAGAUUUUCAUUUACAAAGAUGAUAA